AUGGUGAAGGAUCUCGGGAUCAUUGGACGGCCGUUGUCCAAGGUCAUUAUGGUGGACAAUUCUCUGGACGCUAUUCGAUACCAUCUGGAGAAUGGCGUGCACAUCUCCAGCUUCUACGGAGAUCGCGAGGACACGGAGCUCCUGUCCACGCUCGAUGCGCUCAAGACGCUGGCGCCCGCGGCGGACGUCAGAGAUGGUAUUAUCAGGUCUUUGUUGCGCUGUUUGCGCCGCAACGACAUUCCCAACUACUGCGCCAUAGUGACCUGA